GUAAGUACAAUUUUAUUGCUUUCAAUUUCGUUGUGGGAGUCAGGAUCAGCCCCUCUCCAAUGUCACUCACCCAGGCACGCCCGCAUCAUGGCCGGUCCAUCAACCGUCAUCCCAAAGAUAUCCAUACGCGAUCAGAGGCUUUCAGGUACAAAUUUGUGCUUGUUAGCUUCGUUAGAUCCGCUGGUUGGCUCUAUCAACACCGUCUUGCUCUCCUCAGCCUGCCAUUGACGGCAGAGCCCUUCGGCCAUCAACCUCGUCUACGGUUCAUCGACCAAGCCUGACUAUCAUCACCAUAUGCCUAUUCCAUCUCGUGUGGUUCCGACAAGUCGCAUUACAUGUCUUUGGGGCCGCCCAGGGUCGCUGUCUAUGCGCCAUCACUCCACACAAACUCAAUCACUCGAAAUCAUAGUCCAAGCCUUGCUGACCACAAUUCCAUCACAGCCGGGUCGGUUCUGAUACCCGCCGCCCCCGAGUCGGCUCCAUCGUUCAUCGAUGGGGUUGACCAGAAUCCCACCAACACCGCCGAUCCCUCUCCUUCCAACAGUCCGGCUUCCGAGAGCGGAAGCGACCUCUCCGAUGCCAAAGACCUCAACGACUCGAACACCUCCGACGCAGACAUCGACCUCUUUCACUCCGGGGAGGCAGACACUCCCGCGGAAGAUGCUUCAGAUUCUUCUGACCAGGAAGAUGAUGAGAAAGAUGGCGAUUACUCGGAAGACGCCUUUGUUGCGGCACCCCAGCAAGAACCCCCAUCACGUCGGGAGUCUACCGCAUCACGAGCGUCGUCAAACUCAUCAAAUUCGUCGAAGCGAAAGGCAGAGGAUGAUCUCGCUUUCGCUAUGAGCUUGAACCCUGAUCUCUACGGAGUUAGGCGAACUCGACGGAACGUCACCAACAAUCGCCGAGUUGUUGAAUCAGAUUCAGAAGACGAUGACUCCGAUGUUCCCAUUCCUAUCAAACGAAGGCGACUAGCUGCCUCCAUCCAAAACUCUCAUGCGCCCACACCCCGCUCGACCUUUGUCAGCGACCUCGAGGAGGAAGAGGACACGUACAUCAACUCCCGCCGAUCUCGUCUCACCAAAAAGCAGAAGACCCGUCAGCAACAGGUCGCGGCAGGAUUGGCCCCCCCUUCGGCCGGAGAAGUACGAUUCACGUCGAGGAACGUAAAGAAAAUCAACUACAACGAAACGGAGGAUGAAGAUGAAGACGACCGCGAGUACACGUACGAGGAGGCAGACGCUUCGCCAAUCAUUGACGUUGUGUUGGACCAUCGUGAGAAAGAGGGCUUGACCAUCAAACCGGAACGACGCAUGAAAGAGGAUUACGAGUAUUACAUCAAAUGGCAAGGCAAAGCGCACUUGCAUGCCACUUGGGUUACCGUUGAUUCCAUCCCUUCCGGGCGCGUCCGAAAAAUUGAGAACUAUUUCGUCAAGACCGUACAAAAGGAACUCUCCGUUAAGCAUGACCCUUCUAUCCCCGAAGAAGAACUGGAGAAGUUCAACCUCGAACGCGACCGAGAGCGAGAGAGGGCGGAAAAGAGCAAGGAGACCGAACGUGUGAUUGGGUCACGCCUGAAUGAAGCUGAAGAGACGGAAUACCUCGUGAAAUGGUGCGAGGUUGGCUAUGAUGGCUGUACGUGGGAGUCUACCGAAACUCUCGAGCCGAUCGCCGACACUCAGAUCGAUUCCUAUCUCACACGCGCUUCCAAACCUUUCACGCACAAUCUGACCGGUGCAAACCUUCCUGAUUUCCAUCAUUGGCCUCCAGGUACUCAACCUGACUAUAUCAAGAAGGAGGUACUCAAAGACUUCCAGCGGGUCGGUGUCGAAUGGAUCGCCUUCAACUGGACCAUCCAUCGAAAUAUCAUCCUUGCCGACGAGAUGGGAUUAGGAAAAACUGUGCAAUCUGUCACAGCCAUCAACCGAAUGUACCAGGAGCACGGCCAGGAGGGUCCCUAUCUCGUCGUCGCUCCUCUCUCCACCAUUUCCCAAUGGCAAACCACAUUCAAUGACUGGGCGCCAGACUUGCAUUAUGUCGUCUAUCUGGGCAAUGCCACGGCCCGAGACACGAUACAACAGUUUGAACUCUUCUCGAAUGGCGAUCCUCGGAGGUGCAGAUUUAACGUGGUAAUCACUUCGUACGAAUAUAUCUUGCUGGAGAAGACCAUCUUGUCGCAAGUCAAGUGGCUUGCCCUCAUUGUGGACGAAGCACAUCGCUUGAAGAAUCCCGAAGCUCAACUCUUCAGAGCACUCAUGGAUUUCAAUAUCCAACAUAAACUCCUACUUACCGGAACUCCUUUGCAGAACACCAUUCCCGAGCUUUCUGCUCUGCUGCACUUCUUACAUCCGGCCAAAUUCGACGUCAACAGUGAUGUCGACAUCACCGAAAAGGAGGCCGGGAAGAAACUGGCCGUCUUCAUCAAUGAAAUCAAAAACAACUUCCUUCGACGGGUGAAGGAUACUGUCACGACAGACCUGCCCAAGAAAACGGAAAAAAUUCUUCGCUUUGUUUGCGCUGAAGACCAGCUGGAAGUUUACCGCAACAUCCUCACCAAAAAUUACGAAGCGUUACGUGCAGGUCCGAAUGCACCCAAGCAAACAUUCCUCAAUGUCAUGAUGGAACUCCGAAAGGCAGCCAAUCAUCUAUUCCUUAUUGCAGGUGGACAAGAGAUGGCGAUGGGAAAUGACCAGUCUCAGGAGAACUACUACCGCAAGCUCAUCACCUCGAGUGGGAAGAUGAUUGUCCUCGACAAGUUGCUCAAGAAGCUCAAGGGGGAAGGACACCGAGUCCUUAUCUUCUCCCAAAUGGUCAAGAUGCUUGAUAUUCUCCAACAGUAUCUGAACUUCCGCAACCAUCAACAUCAGAGACUCGAUGGGACGAUGCCUGCCGCUCAGCGCAAAGCAGCGAUUGACAGCUUCAGCGCCCCUGAGAGCAAAGAUUUUUGUUUCCUUCUCUCCACGCGUGCCGGUGGACUUGGCCUCAAUCUCACAGCCGCAGAUGUCGUCAUCAUUUUCGACUCGGAUUUCAAUCCGCAGAUGGACAUCCAAGCAAUGUCUCGAGCCCACCGCAUCGGCCAGACUAGGCCUGUCACUGUGUUCCGUCUCGUCAUGGAGAAGACAGUCGAAGAGGACAUCCUGGAGCGCAGUGAGCAGAAGUUGAUGCUGGAGGAGGCGAUCAUCAAAGAAGGAAUCACCGACAAGAAGGCUCAAAAAUACAGUCAUGAUGCUGCAACGAAAGGGCUCACGGACGCCCCAACCACCGCCGAGGCUCUCAACAAUCUCUUGAAACGACGUGGUCAGGGUAUCUUUGCCCAGAAGGGUAACCAGAAACGACUGGACGAGCUUGAUAUUGACGCAGUCAUCGAGACGGCCGAAGUCAAGAAGACGGCUCAGCCCAAGGCUGACAUGUCUGUUGGUGGUGACGAUUUCAUGAGGAGCAUAGAGAUCACGAACAUCAAGAUCGAUGACUUGAGCUGGGACGACAUCAUCCCCAAAGAGGAGGUCGAGAAGAUCCGCGCUCAAGAGAAGGAGAAGGAGCAAAAAGCCUUCCUUCAAAAGAUCAUUGCCGAGAAUCAGCCACGAAAAGCGAAGCUCCUGGCCGGCGAAGGUGGCCGAAGUGCCAAGAAGGAGGCGCAGCGAAACAUGAAAAAGCGCCAUGAGGACGAGUCCGAUGAGUCCGAACUGGAACGUCCAAAGAAGAAACAGAAGAAGUCGGCUGUACGCAGCGAUCAACUUGGUGAAGCCGAGAUCCGAAAUUUGCUCAAGGCUUACGGCGUUUUCGGCUCUUUCGAAGAUUGCCAGGAUCAAAUCAUCAAAUUUGCUGACCUUGGCGGUUUCGACCCAGCAGUUCUCAAGAAGGUGCUCGACGACAUUUCGGAUCGAGCAAGGAGGGAGCUGAGGGAGCGUGAUGAAAAGAUCAAGGAGCUCCAAAGCAAAGAGAACAAGAUCUUGACGAAGAAGGAAAUCAAAGCGGCCAUGUUCUCCUAUGGCAAGAUCAAGCAGAUCAACGCUGAGAAAUUCUUAGAGCGACCCGAAGAACUGCGUCUCCUUCGACAGUUCGUGAGCAGCAGCCCUUCUGCGGCCGAUUUCCGAUUUCCCAAAUCUGCAUGGGAAAAGCUCAGCAAGGCGGAUUACACUGGCUCGCCUGAUUGGGGUGAACGCGAAGACGCCAUGUUGGCAGUGGGGGUUUGCCGAUAUGGACUUGGAGAAUGGCGUCUCAUCCAGAACGACCCUGAGCUCGGACUUCAUGAUCACCUUUUCUUGGACGAGCAGAAAGUUGCCGUCAAGCGAGAACGCCAGAGCACGGUCACGGAUGGCAAAGUCAAGGCCAAGACCCCAGGGCCCGUCCAUCUUGUCCGACGCGCAGAAGGUUUCUUCAAGGUCCUCAAGACGCACAAAGAAGAGCAAGAGAACGGAGUCGCGAAGCGAGACGGCUCCCCGGAAGCAAGCGUGCCAAGGAAGCCUUCACAGAAGCAUAUUCGAAGGGUCAUGAAAGAUUCGGUUUCCCGUAGCCGCGCCCACAGCCAGAGCGAGUCGAGAGACGUUUCCGACCGCCGAACGGAUAUCGUGCAUAUCACCUCCCGCAAGAGUCCGAAUAAUGAGGCCAAAGCCCGUCAAGGCUCGGUUGACCGGGGCGCUCGUGCCAACUCGUCCAAGCCCACGCCGGAACCCACGUCCGAAGAGUCAAAGAAUCUCCAAAAGAACAACUCUCCAUUUGAUGAGAAGCUGGACGCGGCAUCUCCAGGGGCGUCAGUGGAGACCAAGGUCAAACAGCGCAAGUACAUCCCUGGCCCUGCACCGGAAUGGGUCAACCUUCCUAGUUUCAAGAGAGACACCCAUCGAACGUCCAAUGGCCACAACUCGAACCACAUCGGCGGUGCCGAGAUGGGUCGAACAGACUCUCAUGGAUCGACCGAUUCGCACCGUAAGCGAAGUGCAGAUGACGAUGGGCGAGACUACCGGGAUUCGCGCGACUAUCGCGACUCUCGACAUGGCGACAAGCGAUCACGACACUAUGAGCGUGGAGAUGAACGCGAUUACAAGCGCAAAUCCGAGUAUGAUGAUGACCGCGACUUCAAGCGACGUCGUCCGAGCAACGAUCAUGCCGACCGCUAUCGGCCCGAGUCAGUGUAUUCGCGUCACUCCAGUUCAGAUUAUGGAAGCGAUCAUGGUGACUCCCAUCGCUAUUACGAUGGCCCACCCGGCGGUGGUCAAUACCGUGAACCUUCCCACCAUCGACGACCAUCCAAUGGCCACCGCGAUGACCGUCGUCCGCCUCCGCCGAGAGUUCCCGAUCAGCACUCCCCCGUGAAUGGGACCGACUAUCGAAAGAGCUCAUAUGCACGUGGUGGUGAAGCUCACAUCGACCGAGACGCACGCAUGCGCCAGAUCUUGAACUCGGUCUUCCUGAAACUUGAAAUCCUCCGCACCGCGAAACCCGCGAACUAUCCCGACGCUGCGAGGCGGUUGGCGGUGAUCAAAGAAAACAUCCAAGACGUCGGCGACUUCAUCACCCAGUUGCCGAGGAACGGUCAUCGUGGCGACUUGGACGAGGUGUGGAGCUUCGCCGCACGAUAUCUCCCGUUCCCGCCUGAGAAGCAGACCUCCAAGAUGUUCAAGGACUAUUACCAAAAGUUGAGGGACCAGGGGAAGAAGCCCCAGUCUUAAGGGCCGACAAAAUCACACGACACUCACAUUACCCAUCCGAAGCGAGCUUUCCGACACGAGUUUUCUCCCCUUACAUAUCUCAUCACCCCUUUACGAACCGUAGGCCGCCCGGAUGGUACUGUCAGAAGAU